AAAUUAUCAUUACAUUAUCAACUAUGUCGACUAAUGAAUCAGAUUAUACUGCUGUCGACGUGCCAGAAAAUGGAGAAAGGUUAUGUUUUGCUAUUAGUCCAGAAGGCGAUUUCGUAGUCGAUUUUGGUAAAAUUCCUACAUAUAACAAUUUACUUUAG